UACUGAGCAUUUCUCAAAGAGCAGAGAGAAAGCAGGAGAGGAGGAGAGGGACCACAGUUUAGAGUCGCCAGUCUGGAGGAUCUGUGGACAAAAGGAGUGACAAAAGCAAGAGGAGAGAAAGCAUCUGAAAAAGCUCCACCCCAGUCGAGUUGGUGUCCUGUGCACCGGGCUGAAGAUGGUGUGCCAGUGCUGGUUGUUGGUGGCGGUGAUGGCAUUUGUGUGCAUCCCCGGGUUUGAGUCAGUAUGCUGGGACAACUCGAUCUGCAAGGACCUGAGCAGCAAGGCGAGGAUACUGGACUGUGUUCACCUCUGCAUGUCUGUGAGCCAGACUGAAAUCCCAGAGCUCAGUGCAUUGGCCCUGAAGGUUGACAGUGAUGCUGAUGCUGGUGAUGGUGGUGGUGGUGAUGAUUAUGAUGAUGAUGAUGACCUCUUACUCAGAGUUAUUCUAGCCACACUGGCUUCCCAUGACAAAAUAUCCGAGUCAGAUCUGAAAGCCCGCAGCGACGAGCGGCGCUCCUACAGAAUGGAGCACUUCCGCUGGGGCAAACCAGCAGGACUUAAGAUACGAGAGCCAAAGCUGAAGGCCCGCAGCGAUGAGAGGCGCUCCUAUUCAAUGGAGCACUUCCGCUGGGGGAAGCCCUCGGGCCGUAAACGCCGACCCGUUAAAGUCUUUGCCUCUUCUCUGGAAGGAGGGAGCUCCUCUGAGGGCCGUUUUCCCUUUCAGGCUCGCAGACAGCUGAGCAGUAGCGAAGAUGAAGCGGAGGGGGACAUUGAUGGAGGAAGUAAUGAAAAUCAGGGAUUGCUGAGGGCCAGGGACAGCUCCAAAUCACAAAGCCCCUUGAGCUUGCAGGAGAGGAAAGAUAGGACCUAUAAGAUGAGUCACUUCAGAUGGGGCAGCCCACCUGCAUCCAAACGUAACGGCGGCUUUAUGAAGCCGUGGGAGGAGAAACCUCAGGGGCAGCUGGCCAAGUUCUUCAGGAACAUUUUAGUCAAAGAUGUGAAGAGAAUAAUGGGAUGAAUGGAAGAUUCAGCAGGGGAGGCGGAUAGCUCAGAGAGUCAAAUAGCCAUUGCAUGUUAGUAACCACAUGUCUUAAUUUUAAAUUACACAAACUCGUUGCUAUCUUUUGGCAUGUUGUUGAAUGUUUUUCCCGGGCCAGAGUUUCUCUCAUUAAAACCUAAGCUAGGCAGUGUUGUGCUGAAUAAAAACACUGACUGCCUUCAACUUCUUGGCCUUGAAUCCAAAGCAUUCUUAGAGCGUACUCAUCUUAACUUUAUGAAGAAUCAAGCUGAACAGUGACCGUCACAGCGAGGUCAAAGGUGACUGUAAGGAAAUAAAUUAUUGAGACCGUUUUUAAAAAGUCAUGUCUUUAUGUAAAUAAAAAAUAAUAUUAAAGAUCCUGUUUGUGGCAAACAAUACAUGGAA